AGUGCCUCAGCGCCGUGCGCAGCGCCGGGCCCGGCGGCCGGAGCGGCAGCGCCACACCCCCCUCGGCCGAGCCGGCAGCCGAUGGCGUUCUCUCCCGUGGCCGUGAGCUCGGACGCGUCGCCGGAGCCGGGAGGCGGCGGGCGGCUCGGAGAGGAAGCGGACGGGGAGCGGAGGGGCCGCCUGAAGGAAACGGCGGGCUCCUCCCUGGCGUCGCUGUGCCUCGGGCCGCUCGCCGGCCCGCGGCGCUUCGGGACCCUGGUGGAGUGCCUGGUGCUCAACUACCGCCUGCGGCAGGGGCCGGGCCGCGGCCGGGAGCGCGGCGCCGAAGGCGCUGCCGAGGGACCGCUGCGGUGCUGCGGCUGCGGGCGCUUUCUGAGCGAGCCGGUGACCGUCCCGUGCGGGCACACCUACUGCCGCCGCUGUCUGCGGAGAGAGCUGCGGGCCCGCUGCCGCCGCUGCCGGGACUGGCUGCUGCCGGCGGGGGGCACCAGCGCGGCCGCCGCCCCGCUGCGCACCAGCGUGGUGCUCAGCCAGCUGGCCGAGAAGUGGUUCCCGAGAGAGUGCGAGCGGGCGCGGACCGGCGGGCGGCUGGAGGAGCUGCUGGCGCAGGGCCGCUUCCGAGAGGCGCUGGGCGCCGCCGGACAGGCGCUGCGGACAGAUCCCAGUAACUUGAUGCUAAGAAUCUACAGAGCUGAGUCAUACGCUGGCCUCCAAGAGUAUAAAACAGCCAUAGAAGAUUUAAACUUUGUUAUUUCUAAAAUGCCAAAUUGGCCAGAGGUCUACUUCCGGAAAGGAAAAGUGCUGCACGACUCUGGCUUUGUAGGCGAUGCCUUACAACUGUUUCUACAGUGCUUAGCCCUUGAUGAGGAUUUUCUUCCAGCCAAGCUAGAAGUAGAAAAGGUGUUGCAUGAUGUACUGUCACCAGAGAAGCUAGGAGAGAAUUUGAAGGAAUCUGCUUGGAGUUCACCACAUACUCGAAAUAAAUCUUUUGUGCUUGGUUCCGAGAUGACUGAGUCUUACAGCAAUUUACAACUUUGUCCUGAGCAGAGUUCAGGAAGAUCAGAGGUACUGGAGCCUGUGAUUGGAAGCCUAAAUCGUGCACAAUCUGCCCAUGCUCUUAACUCAACAAAAGCCCUUGCCAAGGAAGAUGGCUUAAAGAGAGUAUCUUCUGAACCUCUUCUCUCUGGCCAAGAAAAAGGUGCUUUGUUGAAAAGAAAGCUUUCAUAUUCAGAGCAGGAUACAGUUGUAUGUGAAGAUGGAAGAAACAAACACAAAAAGCAAGGAGAAAAUACAAACAGGGACAUGAAACUGGCUUAUGGAACAGUUCCAGGGAAUUUGAUUGACGUAUCAGAUUUUGAGUGCUCUUUAUGUAUGAGGCUAUUCUUUGAGCCAGUGACAACACCUUGUGGACACACUUUUUGCAAAGGUUGCUUGGAACGGUGUUUAGACCACGCUCCUCAGUGUCCACUCUGUAAGGAGAGUUUGAAGGAGUACCUUGCAAGCAGAAAAUACAGCAUCACAGAACUACUGGAGGAAUUAAUAAUGAAAUAUUUGUCUGAUGAGCUGUAUGAGAGGAAAAGAAUUCAUGCUGAAGAAACUGCUGAACACUCAAACUUGACCAAGAAUGUUCCAAUGUUUGUUUGCACUAUGGCAUAUCCUACUGUGCCUUGCCCUCUACACGUGUUUGAGCCAAGAUAUCGACUAAUGAUUCGCAGAAGUAUGGAAACUGGGACUAAACAGUUUGGGAUGUGUAUAAGUGAUUCUCAAAAUGGUUUUGCAGACUAUGGUUGCAUGCUGCAAAUUAGGAAUGUUCAUUUUCUGCCUGAUGGACGGUCUGUUGUUGACACAGUUGGUGGAAAGAGAUUUCGAGUUUUGCAGAGAGGGAUGAAAGAUGGUUACUGCACUGCAGACAUCGAGUAUUUGGAAGAUGUUAAGGUUGCUGAUGAAGAAGAGCUGAAGAAACUGAGAGAGCUUCACAACUUUGUUUACAGUCAGGCCUGCAGUUGGUUCCAAAACUUAAGAAACAAAUUCCGCACUCAAAUUCUUCAGCACUUUGGGCCAAUGCCUGACAGGGAGGAAAAUAUACAGGCAAUGCCCAAUGGUCCUGCUUGGUGUUGGUGGCUUCUAGCUGUUCUCCCAGUAGACCCCAGAUAUCAGCUGUCAGUUCUCUCUAUGAUGUCUUUAAAAGACCGUCUGAUAAAAAUCCAACAUAUACUUACAUAUUUUUCUAGGGACCAGUCCAAGUGACUAACCGCCUGGGUCUUCCUGAAAAGUAAAUCUGUUCUGGUUGUAGUAGCAGCUGGAAUUUUUGCUGCCUUUGCACAUCUAGCAUUGGUUUGAGAAGUGUAAUGGAACUGCUUUUUCUCUCUCCUUUCCGCCUGCCCAGCUUCUUGAACCAUAUGGUUCUUUGAAUGCACACUUUCUUCAACUGUGAGAGAAGACCACUGAUGAUUGCACAGAGUCAAUCCAGCUAGAUAUGUUUUUCACAUGAUCUGUUUUACAAUUUGCACUAUGUAGAAGAGAACGUUUUUGAGACUUGAUAAUUUUAGCCACUGUCUUUUUGAAGCUGUGGGAAAUGCAGGACUUAAGGCUGACAGUCCGAGUUUACAACACAGAAGAGGUAUUAAAGGUUUUGCAAAUAAGUUUGCCUCAUACAACUGUUCUUUUGCUGUUUGCACAAAUAUUUGAAAUAUAGUGUUGAAUAUCACUGUUGGAUAUUACUAUUCUUGUUGAAUUAUCUUGACCAUGAAUAUGGCACAGAUUUUUAAGUUAUCUUGUAAAUGUAUGCAUCACAAAACAGGUGACAUGAACUGUAUGCUGAACUGAGAGCCAAUUUUAAGGAUCAAAUGCAAAAAAAAAAAAAAAAAAAAAAAAAGGUACUUCUGUCUAAAAAUAAUUAAACUGUGAAUAUGGUUUACAUACCCAGGCCUGUACAUGUUAAAGAGGAAACUGAAAACUAAAUGCUAAUACCAGUUACAUUUCUACUGGAUUUUUCAGGCUGGCUGUUCUUCCAGAGCACACACUUAGUUUAUAGAGCUUUCAAGAAGAAAUCUUAGAGUGUGUGUGUGCGUGUGUGUGUGUUUGGGAUUGUGCAUCCAGGAUUUAAAAGCUUAAAGUUUUAUUUGAAUUCUUUAAGUUGGUGCAAAUGUGAGUUCUAUGCCUUAUAUCUAUAGUAGAGCACACUGCAGUGGCAAGGUAAGCAUCAUGCUGCCAUUAGGUACUUUUUGUAAUUAAAGGUUUGCAUAUUUGUGAAUAUGUCUGAUACUGGCUUUCUUGUAUGUAAAUGAUUUGUAAAAUAUUUCUUAAAUCUGGCUUUUGCUAAUAUAUUUAAUUUUCAAUAAAAGCUAAAGGUUUGUAAUAUUUUAACUUUA